AUGAGCGGCCGCGCGCGCUCCGCCGGCCCCGCCCCCGGACGGGACCCCCGUGCCGGUGACAGCGGUGACACCGAGGACGGGGGUCCCACGCCAGCCCCCCACCCCAAAUUCCUCCCCUCCCCCAGGGGUCCCAUCCGUGGUGACACCGACACGGGGCCCCCGCGGGGUCCACAUCCCCGCGUCCAUCCUGUCCGUGCGUCCACCGCUGACCCUCUCCCGCACCCCGCACUGACCCCUGCGUGUCCCCACAGGGAGGAGAAAUCCGAGGAGAACCUGCAGCGGCCGCCCAAGGCCAAGAAGCCCAAAAAAUCCGGCAAGGAGCCGGAACCGGCGCAGCCCGCGGCCGAGCCCGCCGAGGCCGGCAAGGCCGAGAGCUCGGAGGGUGCCGGGGCGGCACCGGCGGCGCCGGAAGCUUCGGCGUCACCGAAACAGCGGCGCUCCAUCAUCCGCGACCGCGGGCCCAUGUACGACGACCCCACGCUGCCCGAGGGCUGGACACGCAAGCUCAAGCAGCGCAAGUCCGGCCGCUCGGCCGGCAAGUACGACGUCUACCUGAUCAACCCGCAGGGAAAAGCCUUCCGCUCCAAGGUGGAGCUGAUCGCCUACUUCGAGAAGGUGGGGGACACCUCGCUGGACCCCAACGACUUCGACUUCACGGUGACGGGCCGGGGGAGCCCCUCACGCCGCGAGCAGCGCCCGCCCAAGAAGCCCAAGUCGCCCAAGGGCCCCGGUACCGGCCGCGGCCGGGGCAGGCCCAAGGGCAGCGGCGGCGGCAGCGGCGCUUCCCGGCCCAAGGCGGCCACGGCCGUGUCCGAGGGGGGCUCUGCGGCCAAACGCGCGCUGGAGAAGCCCCCAGGGAAGCUGCUGGUCAAGAUGCCGUUCGCCCCCGGCCAGCCGGGCCCCGCGGCCCCGCCGGCCCCGCGGCGGCCGGGCCGCAAGCGCCGGGCCGAGCCGGACAGUCCGGCCGUGCCCAAGAAACGCGGGCGCAAACCGGCGGGGGCCACGGGGCCGGGGGGGCCGGGGGGCCCCGACAAGAAGGCGGCGACUCCCCCGGCCGUGCAGGAAACCGUGCUGCCCAUCAAGAAGAGGAAGACGAGGGAGACGGUGGUGGUGGAACCCGUGACAAUGGCGGCGACCGCCACGGCCACGACGACGACGACGACGCCGCGGCCGCCGCCGACCCCGCCGGGCUCCCGCGGCCCCCGCAGCGCCCGGAGCCCCGGCCGGCGCAGCAAGGAGGGCAGCCCCAAAGGGAAUGUCCUGGCAGCUGUGACGUCACACCCACGACGCUUUUCGCGCUUACGACGUCACCAUCACUAUGACGUCAUCGCGGGAUCGGGGCGGGAAGAACGCUCAGGCCCCGCCCCUUUUCCCGCCUCCGGAGGCGGCCCCGCCACACUCAAGAUGGCGCCGUUCCCGUGGUAA